ACGACGUGAAGGGCUAUUACAUGAUUGUACGUUGGGCAAGGUUUGGUUCUCCUAGUCUUCUUCACCAUCCUUGGAUGGAAAUGGACGCAACAAAUAGUGCAAGACAAGAAGCUCGAUCCCAUAGAAUGGCUUAUCGCGGCCUGCUGCAGCUGGCGUCGUUAGCGGCAUUACUUUGCGGCGUUGCAGCCUCUUCCAGCACGCUAAUGGGUCAUUUGGAGCCGCUAGGGAAUCAUCGGCCAGGGCCUGAGGAUACAAUUGAUGAAUACAAUGGAUCGCUGUCGCUGUCCGCUGAAACAUUCUACAAGGAGUAUGUCCUGAAAAGGAGACCAGUUAUAAUCCGCAACGCUGCAGUAGAUAUGCCCGCGUUCUCAAAAUGGACUGACGAAUAUCUCAACUCCACGUUUGGGCAUCUAGAAUUGCGCUUGGAGGAGAAAGUGGAGGGAGCGUCCAAUGACCGUCUCCCGGCUGGAAAGUUUGGCAUUGGCAGGGACACACUGCAGAACUUCUUGUCUGGUUAUCUGGAAGCGGACGCAAAUGGCUACAUUGUGGGAGAGUUGCCCGAGCCCAUGUUCGAGGAUGUAGAUGUCCUACCGUGCAUGGCAUGUUCAUCGAUAUACAAUAAAAUACAGGAGGUGAACUUCUGGAUGACGUCACGCGGAGCAGCCAGUGCCAUACACCGCGAUGCGUUCGAUGCUAUCAACUGCUUGCUGAGCGGCAAAAAGGAAUGGUAUUUCAUGGAGUCGCACUAUAACGACGAAGUGUACGUGAUCCACCGCGCCAAGUACGAACUCGGUGGCCUGUCCCUGGUGCAGCCGGACUCUGUGGACCUGGAAAGGUAUCCCAAGUUCGCCGAGGUGAAGUACGCGUUCUUGACGGCCAACGCCGGAGACUGCUUAUAUAUCCCACAGGGUUUCUACCAUCAGGUCAAGUCACCCGGGGGCAGGAACAUGGCUGUUUCGCUUCUCUUCUCCAAAGCAGUGCGCUAUGUGCAGCUCGACCAGUGCCCAGCAGGCCAGGCAAGAUCCAAGCCGCUGGCAGAGGCUGGCGUGUACUUACCCUAUCCUGGAACUGGACUGAUGCGCAUGGGCUCAUUGGACAUUGAGAUGUACAGAGGCGUUGUACACAACUUUACUCUAGCGAACAACGACCGGUUAACUGAAGAUGUUAUGAUGAAGGUCUACCUUGAUAUUUCUGCCCCAGCGGAAGGUUACGAAGAGGAGGGCCUAUCAGAAGAUGACCCGGACGUCAAGGAACACGUAUCCAAGGUGUUUCAAGUGUUGAAUCCUGGGAAAAAGCUGUGGCUCAGUACGGCUGAGUUGGAUGCACUGCCCGUAUCCCUUUGGAAGGAGUUGAUAUUCAAAUUGGAGCCAAUUGACGUCAGCAACACAUACGACUUCGAGUAUUCCGUCAUCUCAGCCGAACACGUCCAAGCUGCUCUUAAUAACUUCUUUGCCAAGAAACGGAGCAUAACACGGCAGCAAUGGAUUGAUGUGUACACACGCAUUGUCGGAGGAAGUGAGUACAUUGGAUCGAAGAUUUUUGACACUGUCGAUCCAGAGAAAGACGGCUCCUUCAGCCAGCAAGAGUUCCAAAGCAGAAUGUCCGACAUAAUGGCAAAGUUUGAAAGCGAUGAUCCUCGACUCGAUGUCACCUUGGAUGAAGAAAAUCUAAUCACAAGGCGUGCUGCAAGCGAUGACGAUGAAGGAGAUGAUGGAGAUGAAGGAGAUGAUGGAGAUGAUCAGGAUGAGGAGAAUGAUGCAGGUAGAGCACACAGCGAGCUGUAGGCUUGCACUGCUGACCACCACAAGUCGAAACCAAUAUAUUGCAUCACCCAUCACCCAUCAACUGUCCUGACUCCUUAUAAUCAUUGACGAGAAUGUAAUGGUACCGCAUUCAGAUGAUCUAAAUAGCACAAAAACCGUUAACACAUGCAGCAGUAGUUUCACACUGUGUACAAGAAUUCAUGUCACAUUUUGAAAAGUAAGAAAGAGAAGAAAACACAUGAGAACGAGUUA